AGAGAACCUUUUUCCUCCUUUUCCCCCGUUUCCUCCGUUCUUCUUCGUUUUAAACUGCAGGAAGUUUCUCCUCGCCUUCGACCGCGUCCGGGGACUGAGGUCUGCUGUCCACGCAAGACUUCCUCUUCUCCUUUUUCGCGCCGCCAGACGAGGUCUUCCCGACUUUUCGUCUGCACGCUUCUCCGCAUCGCCGCAUCUCCGCAUCUCCCCAUCUCCGUCUUCUUCCGUUUUUGACCGUCUCCGCUCUUUCUCAGACCUCGCUCGAACGCCGCGAUUCUCGCCUCUUAUUUUCCCGCCUCGUCUCCGGCCGUUCCACGCACCUUCCUCGGCCGUUGCCUCGCGUUCCUCGGGUGUACAGACACCUGAGCGCUCUGCGUUGUCGCAGCAUUUCUCUGAGCCGCAACAUGGGGAAUGCGCAGCCUCGCGGCGGAGGCUUCCCAGGAGGCUCUGAAGAUGACAAGAAGAAGGAGAGAAAGAGACUUGAAGCUGCGCCUCCAACGCACAUUGGAAAAAGAAAGAAGAAAGGGAAAGGCCCCGUCGGUCACAGCAGACUUCCUACUGUGACUCCCAUCACCAAGUGUCGCCUGCGUCUGCUCCGACUCGAGCGCAUAAAAGACUACCUUCUUCUGGAGGAAGAGUAUAUUCUCAACCAGGAGCAGCGGAAGCCGGCGGAGGAGAAGAACGAAGAAGAUGUGAAUCGCGUGGACGAGCUCCGUGGAUCACCACUAAGCGUAGGGAAUCUCGAGGAAAUCAUCGAUGAACAGCAUGCAAUCGUUUCUUCCUCCAUCGGUCCCGAGUACUACGUCAACAUCCUCUCUUUCGUCGACAAAGACCUGCUCGAGCCUGGAUGCAGUGUCCUUCUUCACAACAAAACGAGCAGCAUUGUCGGAAUUUUGAACGACGAGGUGGACCCUCUCAUCUCGGUCAUGAAAGUGGAGAAGGCACCGCUUGAGACGUAUGCAGACAUCGGCGGACUGGAGAAGCAGAUUCAGGAGGUGAAGGAGGCCGUGGAAUUUCCUCUCACGCAUCCGGAGUUCUUCGACGACAUCGGUAUCAGCCCUCCGAAGGGUGUCAUCCUCUACGGACCCCCCGGGACAGGAAAGACUCUGCUCGCGAAGGCCGUGGCGAACGAGACGUCGGCUACGUUCCUUCGCGUCGUCGGAAGUGAACUCAUUCAAAAGUAUUUGGGAGACGGCCCGAAGCUGGUCCGGGAAAUGUUUAAACUCGCUCACGAGCACGCGCCGAGCAUCGUCUUCAUCGACGAAAUCGAUGCGGUUGGAACGAAAAGAUACGACGCCACGAGCGGAGGCGAGAAGGAAAUCCAGCGAACGAUGCUCGAGCUGCUGAACCAGCUCGACGGAUUCGAGAGCAAAGGCGACGUCAAAGUGAUCAUGGCGACGAACCGCAUCGAGAGUCUAGACCCUGCGCUCAUUCGGCCUGGACGCAUUGAUCGGAAAAUUCAACUCCCCAAUCCGGACGCGAAAACCAAGCGAAAAAUCUUCCAGAUCCACACAGCGAAAAUGACCAUGGCCGACGACGUCGACCUCGAGGAAUUUGUUAUGGCGAAAGACGAACUGUCGGGUGCAGAUAUCAAGGCGACAUGCACGGAGGCGGGGUUGCUGGCCUUGCGAGAGCGACGCAUGAAAAUCACCCAGGAAGAUCUGCGGAAGGCGAAGGAGAAGGCGCUGUAUCAGAAGAAAGGGAACAUUCCAGAGAGUCUGUAUUUGUGAAGAGGCGGGAGAAAACAAUGGUGUCUCCCCAGAGCGUCGAGACAGCUCGAAGAACGAAGCUGCCUCUUCAGCACCCUCCAGAUCUGAGCCAGGAGCCCAACUCGAUUUGUGGCCUCCCAAGAAGGACUGACAUCUCGAGGCGAAGAAGAGACUGGAAAAUGUCAUGGCAGGCUUCAGAGGCACCUUCUGCUGAGAAGAAAGGCUGUGCGAGCGCUUUCGACCCGUCAGUUUUGAGGCGCCGCCGGUAGCGGACACCCUGUGGCUUCGGUUUCUCUGUGAUAGAACUGUCGAAACGCUGCGAAGAUAGAAAUGACGAGGUCGCACUGCAAGAAGACAAGAGAGAUUCUAAAGAAAAGGUUAUUUGCCCGAAAACUUAGCGUCUGCGUGUCUGAUUUUUUCGAGUUGAGUUGCCAGUGUGGACACGCAUGAUCGCGGAGUGGGGGCACUCAAAGCGAAACCGUUUAUCGCCAACAGAGUGAACCGUUCAGACCUUUUUUCUUGGCGCAUGCAAGGAAAAAGACGUGAACUGCGUAGUCGCACUCGGCGAUUCCCGCGGGUGAGGGAGUGGGAGUAGCGAAUUCAGUCGAAAGCGAAGAGGCUUUCCAGAGCGCAGACGCGACAGAUUUGCCGAAGGAAAAAAGUCACGAACGUGUCUGUUUGAGAGAAGAACCCGGGCCGGCACAGGUUCUCCGUGUAUUUUUUAGGAAGGAUCGUGUUGACAGCGACAAGAAAACCACACAAAUGCUUGGGUCCACGGGAGCGCUGUCCCCCAGACACACGCAGAAAUACGAGUGAAACUUACACUGCUUCCUGCGACAACUUUCGCAAUUACGAGUGGAACGCUUCUCAGAAAUCUUGCCCAAACCAGAGAGCUGCUCUGGUAUGGUUCUUUGCUUGCUCAAGCAUCUGACUGUCUCUCGCUGUUCAUACGCGUCUUUGUUUACCGGUUAAAAGUCGGCUGUGCAGAGCUUCCUUGUCUGCAUCUCACAGCUAAAUUACAUUCAGUAUCCUAGAACUAAAUGGGGUGACUCGACGCCGCAACGGGGCAGCCAGGAUCGCGAAGAAUGUGUGACAUAUGGAACGAGAAACACAGCACCUGAGAGGAACUGCUUAAGUUCAGCUGCUGAGGAUUUCAAACGGCGGACCGCACCCUCUGCACCGCAAGGCGUCAUCUUCUUGCCUAGUCCUCUAGAGCGUGUCCUGCGUUGCUUUCUGGCACAACGUGAAAACGUGAGAAAUCCUGGGGGAGAACGUGUGUGAAGGCUUGUACGCAGGAAACAAUUCCUAAGAGCAUGUCGUGUCGACUGUUCGGCGCAUGAGCUGUCGAAGAAGGCUCCCGAAUACCUGACCUCAGCACUCUG